UGCGCGUAGCCGCAGAUCUGUAAGCCGUCGACACGGAAGACUCAGAUUCUAAACAACACCUCGAUAUUGCUGCAGAAGGCGUUGUAGAAAUUUGUAGUCACGCUGUCUUAACUGUAGAAUAUAAAAUUUUACUUUGCUUUAACUAUUAUAGCUUUUGAGGUGGGCAUAAAAAAUGUGGCUGCCGCACUGUUAAUUGUAUUGUAGCUUGUUUGCCUCAAGAACGCCGAGAGUAAACUGUGGCAAGUUCCCGAAAAGCAGACGAAAAUGCCAGCUCGUAAUAUUGUAUCCCACGAUACUCCUAACAACAAAGUUAGGUACUCCCGGUUAGCCACAGAUGAUGACGGCUACAUUGAUUUACAGUUCAAAAGGAGCCCACCCAAGGUCCCAUACAAAGCGAUCGCCCUCGCCUCAGUGCUCUUUCUAAUCGGCUCUACUUUAAUCAUCAUUGGUGCUCUUCUUUUGGCUGGAUACUUUGGAGUUACUAACUCCGACCGGACGGUGCCUGUGCUGAUCAUCGGCAUCAUCGUUUUCCUGCCUGGGAUUUACCACUUACGGAUAGCUUACUAUGCAUCAAAGGGCUAUCCGGGGUACUCCUACGACGACAUCCCAGACUUUGAUGACUGAAGCUCACUAAAACCUCAGCGGCAGUCUUACUUCACUUGCAUGCAUUCAUGUAUCGCAUGUACUGAAUUUAAAAUAGCUAAUAACAGCUUAUAGCUUAAUCAUUUUUUGGAAAUCAGUGUUCUUUGUGUAGAUUUUAAUUUCUAGUUAGUUUGUGAAUGUGUUUAUUUUAAUAAAUUAUGAAAGUGAUCAUUUAACAAUUCAUUCAGUUGAUGCUCUUGUUAUGAUUCAAGUGGUUUAUCCUUAUAGUAAAUAAAAAUUAACUGAAACCAAAGUUUGAGUGUCAAAUUUCCAGCUUUUAGAAGUAGAAGUGAUUCAUAAUGUUAAACCCAGUGCAAUAGUUUGGCCUGUAAUUUACUUAUAUACACAUAAGAUCAAGGAAAUAGUUUCCUGCACUAUGAUCCUUACUGUUUAUCAGCUAAAGCCUGCCUACUUUCCAGAUUUGUUUUUUUUUUUCUUUGGAGGAUUUUAUGUGAUUAAUUCCGAUCCUUUGAUCUCCAUAUGGUGCACCUGGUCCCUCUGAGUCAGCAUUAUCAAACGAGGCACUUCUAAAGCAAUUACAAGCCUUUCCCCUUUCUGAUCUCGGCUAUCAACCUAUAAAUAUCCGUGAUUUUGAAGCAACCUGAUGAAAGGCCGACCCCAUUUUGCACAGCAGGACAUCAAAAUCAUGCAAAGAUGUUGCUUGUAAAGGUUGGCCUUCUGUAAUCCCGUCAGAUGCGAGGCUACCUGCUGCUCUCCAAAGGGAUAAUUCAAGGAUGCUUCUCUGCUAUU